GUGCCCUUGGGAUAAGGGACCCCCUUUCCUGUUGUGGGGCCGGGCUUCCGGCUAGGGGAAGAAAUCAGGUGACAGUUGCUGUUCGGGCGGAGGUGGAGUUCGAGAGAGCGAAGGGCCGCGAGCGGCGGAAGGCGCCAGCCGGAGGAGCCCGCGCCGACUCCGAGCAUUUUGCAAAGACUGUUGGUAGAAGCUGCAUUUGACUUGUGGAAUUCUCUGAUGUUGUUCCUCUAUUCUUCUUCAAGAAUGGCCUUUGUGUGUCUCAGUUAAAUGGCACAAAUAUUUUCCCAAAAAGUUCAAUUGCAUUAAAAACUUCCUGACUGGGUGUGACAAGAAUGGCCAGCAAAGGGCCAGCAGCUUCUACCUCCACCGAAAGCAACAAUGCUGGCGGGACCAGUGGCAACAGCAGCAGCGGGGACGGGGCAAGCCAGGACAGCACUUUCGAGUGCAACAUCUGUUUGGAUACGGCCAAGGAUGCUGUGAUCAGCCUAUGCGGGCACCUCUUCUGUUGGCCUUGUUUACACCAGUGGUUAGAGACCAGGCCCAAUCGGCAGGUGUGUCCUGUAUGUAAAGCAGGUAUCAGCCGCGACAAGGUCAUCCCACUUUACGGAAGGGGCAGCACUGGACAGCAGGACCCCAGAGAGAAGACACCACCACGGCCUCAAGGCCAGAGACCUGAGCCGGAAAACAGAGGGGGCUUCCAGGGUUUUGGGUUUGGCGAUGGAGGCUUUCAAAUGUCGUUUGGAAUUGGGGCAUUUCCUUUUGGUAUAUUCGCUACAGCAUUCAACAUAAACGACGGUCGGCCUCCCCCAGCGGUUCCAGGGACUCCCCAGUAUGUGGACGAACAGUUCCUGUCCCGCCUCUUCCUGUUUGUGGCCCUGGUGAUCAUGUUCUGGCUCUUGAUCGCUUAACCUUGCCCUGUAUUGUACCAUGGUUUGUGGGGCUCCGAACUGGUCACAGACGACUGCUUCUUCUUCUCCGUGCCCCACUGCCAGCCUCUCGGUGUCUGGUUCCAUAGCUCAUGGGCUCCCGCAAGCCCCGAUGUCUGCUGCAGUGGGAGGAGGACUCUUGCUUAUUACGCCAGAGUAAAUGGAAUUAAAGAUCUCUCUUUAAAAGCAUUCUAAAGUCCAGCCAUGUGUCACGCAACAGGUAACUGGCUAAGGCUGUGAACCUAGCUUUGAGCUCCACAUGCCAAGAGGGAGCAUUGUUUGAAAUCAUGUGCCAAGCCGUUAAACCAGGUGCUGGCCCUGGAGGGAGAGUGGGUGGCAAGGCCAGGCAUGGAAACACUUGCCCUGUUUCUCAAAUGAGCCUUGCAACCCAACAGCACUGAAGUGAAGGAGAUCAAUGGACCUACUGCUUCAGAAUCCAGUUGCAUAGAUUGACCGAAACCCAACUUGCUCCUGGAAAUUGCCUUCUUAUGUGAGUACAACUUGGCAGGUGAGGUCACCUUAGGAGUAUUCUCUUCCUGCUGUUUCCCACCUGGCUGACCUUUUCCCAGGGAUACUUAAAAUAAGUUAAGGGAUAAGAGACUCUCUCACCCUGAAACAAUAAAAUACCUAAACUUCCUGAAACCAGAUGGGGCAGGUUCUCUCAUCUCAGGGCUGGGGGUGGGGAUGUUGGACACCAGAGGGGUCCCCUCUGGGCUUGUUGCACAGCACACUUCCGCAUGGAUGAAAGCAGUGUUGUUUUCCUAAAACUUGUAUAACAGCUUUCAGCUCUUAAUUUGGAUAUAGACAGUUCUGGUUACUGUAGUCAUUGACACUCAUUUGCUCCUUCCUGAGAUGAAUCCAAAAUUGUCGUCUUCCCGUCCCCCAACUUCUUGGAAUGGUUAGUUUGGGAAAAGUGGAGGACAAUCUUCUUUUGAGCAUUUUGUUCUUCCCCCAUAAGAGUUUCUCCAUAGUGAGAAUAACAGCCUAACUUGGGGGCUUGUUCUCAAGCUCCAAGGGGUCAUUUGUUAGUGCGUGAGCUUUUUCAGAUGACCAAAGAUAAUAUUUUGAAGGGUCGAUCAUGAGCAUGAGCCAGCAGGAAGCUCUCCUACACAAGCCCCACUGAAACAAAUCAGAGCCAUGCUCCGGUUUCCACCUUUCCUGGCCUUGUCUCUCCAUAUGUUGUAGUCCAGGAGUGGGGGGACCUGCGGCCCCUCUUAGCCACAAUGCAUAUCACCAAUGGCCAGGGAUGAUGGGAAUUCUUGUUCAACAGCAUCUGGAGAGCCAAGGGUUCCCCACAUUUUUAAUCCACAUUUUUAAUCCAAAAUCUCAGGAGAGCACCAGGUUGGGGGAGCUGUCUUCUUCAUUUCAGUGGGACCCACGUGGAAGAGUAUCCCACUUAAAUGGAUCUGAACUAUUUACACAAGGGAUUCCUUUGCAGGAGUGGAAGAAGCCUGGGAACGUUGCUUUAAAACUGUUGCUGCUGAAUCCUGGGAGAUUCACAGGACCAAAAAUGAACCUUCCUCACUCCCUGACCUCACACUUUCUUGUAAAUCUAAGGGUCUCUUCUCAAAGACUCCUGGGUUUCUCUCUCGUUUUGCAAUGCUUUUGAUCUCGUUUUUUUCUCCCUACUCCUUUCCCAAUUUCUGUAGCAGCAAUUUUUUAUGAGUUGCUGAGCAAAUCACAGCCAGCAAUACUGAAAAGAACAAAUUGCAUAAGGGGGCUUCUUUUUUUUUGACUAAGGUCUGAUAGCAUAGUAAAAGCCAGUCAUUGCAUUCCCAGUAGUCACAGUGAGAGCGUUUCCCUUUUUUAAAAAUGUAAAAUCCUUCUGUCAAUGGUUUUCCAAAAAGUGCUCAAGGGCCUGUCAGCGACAUAAAAAAGACUGUAACCUGUGCUGCCUCCUAGAACCUGCAUAUCUUAGAUUUGUUUUGUUGGGGAGAAAGAUGGUGCCACCUACUGUUGAUAAGGUAAACUGAAUACCAUCAUAAUAUAUAAGGGAUCUCUGGCAUUUCCUUCUUUUUACAGUUCAUGAAAAUGAGAACCAUGGAACUAAAGCUGCCCUUCUGAAAGCAAUCUUGUUAAACGGUUUGCUGUAAAGCUUUUUUUUUUUAAAAAAAAGAAUAAAAUCUGUGGCAAUCGGGAAAGAGAAAAUUGUUAUGGAUUUAAAAUAUUAAAGCAGAUUUAACUUCCUUGGAUGGACCUUUUAAACAUGUGGAGUAUUAUAGUUUUGCCAGCUGCUACCUGAGCAGAAGGGGAUCUGUCAACCAAGGUGACCACAAAAGUACCUAGCCUGAUUCAGAAGGUGCUGGAUUGGGGUGAGUCCCACUGGUAAUGGCUCAUGUGGGUUGUAUAUUUAAUGUUCAAAUGGUCCAGUCUCCAUAUUUUCCUGAAACGGCAAAGGGUCUUGUGGCACCUUAAAGACCAGCAAGUUUAUUGUAGUGUAAGCUUUCAUGGACUCUACAUCCCCACUCUGUUGCCUGCAUCUGUUGGAGUUGUCUUUAAUGGGGGCAGAAGAUUUUGCAGUCUAGCCUGCUUUUUAAGGUGCCAGAAAAACACUCUGCUGUUUGGAUUUCUGCAUACAAACACGGCUUCCCCUCUGGAAUGUCAUAUUUUACUUGCGGGUUUGAAAUGGCCUCUGGAGUUCCCCUUUCUCCUGCUGUGGUUUUUUUUGUAUUUGUAUUCUUUCUCUCUCCCCCCCCCCCAAAAAAAAUCAUGUAUUGAUUGUACUUGGCCUAUGGUUAGCAAAAGAUGGCACCACUGUGCAACACCAUUGUGAUUCACUAAUUUUCACUGUUGUGAAAGUAAUUUAGAAUAAACACAUUUUUACAUUA